AUGGAUUCGGCCGUUUGUGAAGCGUACGAAGCUGAGCUACGAGAAACACUGAACGUUUCUGAACCUCGACUUUCCGAGAGACUAUCAAACGUCUUCGCGAAGAUGGAAACAUUUGACCUAGGUGACGAUUAUAUCUUUACCGCUAUAUGCACUCUGUCGGACAUGGUCGCGCCGGGAUCCACAACAGUCCCGAACAUAACUUGCAAGGCACGGACUCCAUUCCAUAGUGCUUGUGUCAAUAAUGGACUCGUCGAACUUGUGCUCAACAUCAUCCUCGUUCCUUGGGGAAUGCUGCCAAGCUCCACGCCUCGUCCGUUUAGCUGUAUGACACAGUGGCAAGCCUGGGGCUUGCUAGUCAAACUCGUACGCUUUGGUGAUAUCCAGGAGCGUAGUCAUGUCCUAGAUAAGCUCAUGGAGGGAGAUAUCAUCUCAAUCUGCUUGAGCCAGCUGAAGCUUACCGGCCUUCGGCUGCCAGACAACGCGCCACCCGAAUCGUUUCUAACGGAGAGGAUCUCGGCGAACACUGCCGGUGAGAUUCUUCGGUCGCUUUAUAACCUUGCAUUGCAAGAUCCAAACGAAACGUCCGAUCAACUGAACGAUCCAGAGACACUAUGGCAAUUCUGCCAGGAAGAGGUGACCUUCGACGAUCCAUGGAAUGACACUGACGAAUCUCGAAGUCUCAUGUCGAGCCGGAUAUUUGGAAAUGUACAGUGCGCUGGUUUAGAUGCCGCCCGGAUUCUCUUGACUAUGGAUCCAUACCCCUCUCAGCAUCGGUAUCUCGAGGUUCUAAAACAACAGCCACAUGUCAUUGAUCUGCUACUGGAGUGCAUUCUACUCGAGCAUCCGGACGGCUUCCCGGAGAGUUCGGCACCGUUCUUAGCCAGCGAGAACCUCUGUGCUUUCUUCAGAUGGCCUUCCUACUUGGUCCCCGGCGUCUCCACUCCAGCUGAUAAGGCUUAUAGUACAAAAGACCGGAAAGCGCUGGUUCAAUCGAUGCAGAUGCUUACAUCUCAUGUAGACUGGGCAGAGCGGAUUGUCGAGGCAUGGAUGAAGAGCGAGCCAAGCACGGAAGACAACGAGAGGAUACAGAGCAACAUAUCUGCAGUCAUAUCCUUGUAUGGUGAUUCAAAGCCCCCCUCCAGAAAGGAGAUAUUUGUCAGGAGGGUUAUGGGGAUCGGUCGCUGUCGCAUCUCACUUCUCCGUCUCAUUUCAAUCAUAAGCUACAAUGCCGACGGUGCCGGAGUCAGAAACGUGGAUAUCUACUCCUUGCUUCCGAUCACAUAUUGUGCAUGCCACAAGAGCAAUGAUCCAAACAAGUGGUUAACCGAAGCUUGUGACUGGCCUAUCUGGGCACCACUCAAAGAGAAGUACGAAAGAGAGUUUGACCCUUUUUAUGUCGCCCCCGAGACUCUCCAAGGACCUGUAGCAUUCGCACGCCUCUUAGUUGUGCUGGCCCAGAGAAACGCUCUCGACAGCACUCAGAUGCUUCAAAAGGCGCCAGCAGAUUUGUCUACCGCAACGUCCCUUGCCCAAAUAAAACAUACAACGCAUCCAGACAUCAUCACUCGAUUCUUCCACGUGUCGUUCUUCCGGUUAGACGAGGCUCUCAAGAGAGGCAGAACACUCAUGAAAGAUCUCGACCGCACAGGAAAACCUGACUCUGGACUUCUCUUCGCGAGUGCGGCAGAGCUUGCUGCGGCAAUGGUCACAUUCGAUGAUUGCACGGGAGGAGCGUAUACGUCAGAAGCACUAUCUGGAGCUAGAUUCAUGCUCGCGCUGCUCCUGUCGUUCGUCACUGAGGUUGCUAUGAAGCGACACAGAUACCGACGAGCGUACUUCUGCUCUCUCGCGGCAGUUAGCGCAGCUGAAAGCAUUCCCCCAGACAACAAUCCUCCCGAUGGUUGGGCAGAAGAUCUCGUUGAGCUCAAACGCCAAGCUCGGGCGGCCAAACUCGCGUUUGAGAAGAGCAAUGACGUAAGCUGCUAA